AUGGCGCCCAUCACAAGAUCCUCCGUCCACGGAAGGCAGUCACAACUGGACACCCACCAGACGUUCGAAGAGUCCCACGUACCUGACGAAGACCAAGAGAUGGAUGACCAGGACGAAGAAGAGUCGGUUCACGAAGGUGCGACGAACCAAAAUCAAUUUCAUUUCACUUCACACAACAUCAUGGACUCUACCUCUUCCGAGAUGCAGUCAGGAACCCAAACACUGAUUGACACUCUAGAUGCCCCGUCACCCUUCAGAUCUUCUGCACAGGAAAUGCUCCGCCCUCUUCAAGAUACGGCCGACCGCGUGAGCAGGCAAGUCGAGGAGUUUGCGAAAGCUCUAGAUAGGUUUGUGUCCGCUCGAGAGCCCACGGAUAACUCCCUGUGGGAAGAUGCCUUGGUACUCUUGGAACGUUACAGUAAGAUCGCGGACAUUCGCAAAUCGAAGACGCCUGCGGAGGAGUCGGUCGGACAAUUGGAAAAGAUACAACUCGAGUCAGACUUGUGGAUUUUGGUUAGGAACCUGCUAUACUGCAAUUCUCCCUCCUCUCUCAAUGACGCACAAAUUGCCCAAGAAUCGAGGUUGGGUGGUCUACAUCGCUAUUCCAGCAACGUCGAACUCUGGACUGCCUUCCUAGACUCCGAUGCCGUGGCACAGGAAUACGAAAAUAUCCUGGCGUGGUUACAAGAAAGGGCUGCUGAGACAUCGCCCCCCAUUGAAGACUGUACGCGUAGUCUUUCUGAGAAAUCGGAACGUGGAGAGGGCAUUUGGAGCGCCGGACCUAUCUUCACACAAACUGCCAUCAAGCAGCAGAAACGAACUCGAGUAUGGUCGAUACCAUUGGAGCCGACAAAUCCUGGGUUGAACCGAACUCACGUCCGCAAUAUCGACCAGAAACCACUCGUGGCCCAGCUGGAUCCUGAUGCUCCCACCAGGGAGUCGGCUGUGCUCCAAGAACAGGAUGAAUUCCACGACCAAGCAGCCUGGCAAACUUACUGGGAAAUGCUGCGCAGGGGGUACACCAACGACCAAAUUCAAUCUUGGUUCGCUGAACGAAAAGAAGUCUGGAGAUAUGUAACUCUUUGCGGAUGUGGGCCACGCUCAGAACAAAUGCUCAACUCACCCUGGUUGCGUAUCCUGAACUUUGCCUCAAAUUCCGAAUGGCUAGAGCGUUGUGAAGCUCUAGCCCAAAACCCUGUCAUCCAAGAUCGGUUCCAAAAGGCCACUUAUGGUAUACUCUGCGGUGAUAUUGGGGCAUCGAGAUCUGCAAGCAGGUCGAUCGAUGACAAUCUGUUCUCCAUUUUCAAUUCCCUCCUGAUUCGCAGAUAUCGGGACUAUCUUCAAGCCUACCGAAAGAGACUCGCAGACACGGCUCUCAUUGAGUACCGACCUUUACCACCAUCGACCACCGAGAUCCAGCAGUAUGUCGCCCUUGCUCAGUCAAACCCAACGACUAGGGACGAAUCUUACCAGCCACACAAGCUGAUGGAGCUGACCAUUGUGUCCAAGAGCUUCAAUGACUUCUUUGUCAAUAUGGGCAGGGCUGCUGCUGGUGUCGCGCAUACCACGAGCCAAGGUGCGCAUCUCAUGAGCAGAAGCCAGCAUGAGGGAACGGAGGCUGCCAUGCUGAAUGCUCAGGACCAGGACGGUAUUCGUAUGGUGGCACAUCUGCAGCUGUUGUUACGGUCCUUGGGCUUGUUGCAAUCUUCAUACGCCGAACACGAAUACGAACUUGAAAACAACAUCGCGGCAUAUAUCGGAUUGUUAGAAGUCUGGGGCAAGUGGCUUCUGAUUCCUCUUUAUGCGUCCAAGCUAUCGAAGAAGAGAUGCCAUCAUGUUCUCGGAGCCAUCCUGGUCAAUGUCACAGAUCGCCGGGAAAGAGAUCUACAAGUCAAGCUGAUGAAGCAAUACAACAUCAAUGUCUCAGAAGUCAUCUACGGGUUAUUUACUCUUGCCAAUUACUCGGAUCUCCAGAACCUCCGAAAAUACGAACCUGGUCCAAUAUCCGCCAGAAUCACGGUCUUGGGUGGUACAGGCAAAUUGGCCCAGCACAAGGUUAGGCCUGGUUUGAUGGCAGGCGAGGUCACGGAGAGAGACGAGAAAGCCGUUCGAAGCGCCGAGUGGGUUCGGUACGUCAAUGCUGAAAACUGGGCCGCGGCUACCUGGGCUGUCACAUCACUUUACAAAAUCUUCUUGAUUGAAGGAAGAUUUGUCGCCCUCCGUCAGCUGCUAGAUCGAGUGCGGCUGUCGGAUAUGUCACUUGCAGCCUUGGGAAUGAAUCUGUAUUUUGGCGACGUGGAUCCGCCGAUAGGCAAUGUUGAAAGCGAGGCGGAGGAAGUGGACGACGAGCGCGUGACUCCCAUGAGCAGCCCUACCAGGAAGAGAAAAGCCACUCACUCAGAUUACCCUUUGACGACGACUGGGACCGAUCGACAGACUCUGGCGUCGAAAUCACUGACAUGGAAACAGCUGGAACAACUGGCCGCUGCCAUUGACGCUUUGGACAUUUUCCAGGAACUCGCAGAUGUCCUUGAACAGCAUCGGACAAAUCCAACAGCAGCACGAAAUUACAAACGUGAACUGAAACGUGCUCUUGAGGAGCUCCGACAGGCCAUGCUGCCACUCUUGGACAAUGAUUUUCUUUGCCAAGCUGAAGAUGUCAUGGAUGCUGUGAUUUUGAACGAUAUCCGCAAUCACUACAUUCCCGAAUGUGUUCUCGCGUACAACAGCGCAUUGUGGUUUGCCGGCCACUUCUCUUCCCGUGCAUGGCUUGUUGAGUGCAUGACGCUAGCCCAAGUGGUUGCAGAGACUCCCAUGCUUACCAAUGCCUUUGUGACGAGUGGAAGAAUGAAAGAACUUGUCCGUGCCUUUGCGGUUGAUAGCCAAGCUCUUCUACAAGCAACUGAGCAAGGGGCUGCUGGUGGUGCAGGCGCAAGUGCCAGUCGGACCAAGAAGAUCAAGACGGAUAAAGGAAAUGCGGAGAUUUGGAAGGUGUCGUGGAAGGAACAGACUGGGCCCCUGGAUUUGGAAGCGGUGGACUGA